GGUCAACUUGGGUCAUGUACCGCGCGAAAGCUCUAUAAGUACAUACACUAUAUUUCCCAUUCAUGUCUGUCAGUUUCGAAUCGCUCAAAUUAUUAACAUUAUUGUCGUAUUUCAACUUACUGAACGUGAAGGACGAACGCCCUAAGAAGCAAGGGGCUAGCUCAGCCAAUCAAAUCCCGACAGAGUGGUCACCUGACUGAGUUCAAAAGUCGUCGAGAACAUGGCGGUCAAUCUGAACCUGAAAUUAUCUGUGUAAAUGUUUACCAGUUGUAUUCUCUUUUGUAUAAUUUCUAACCCAUGUCUUAGAUUUACAUUUUAAUAAAAAAGAGACGUUAAGAUCGAACUUGCAAUGUCAGAUAUCAAACGUCUUGCUAAGCUGAGAAAUGACAACCAAAUCCUUUUGGACCAGUUAAGGCGCAACCAAGAAAAUGUGAAAAGCUCAGUUUCAUCCUCCAAUCGACCGAUUAGAAAAUCGAGAAGUCCUCGACUGAAGACUCCUUUGCAGCAACAAAAUGAAUUUGAAGUUUCUAAUGUAAGUAGCAUUCAUCCAGACUACCGAGAUCGUAGUCCAGUUGGAAAAAAAACUCGCAACAAGCACGUUAUAGUGGAAAGAACAAGGACUGUUACAAGUAGCACACCCAAACGACCUCGCAAACCACGCUCUGUUACUCCUUCAAGAAAUAAGUCACCAAUUCAGCGACAAUGGACAGAAACUCCAAACAAAUCUCAGGAGUUGAUGGGUAGUUUUCUUACAGCAACAGAUGGCAAGAACUCAAAGAAGAUACCAACAAAGUCAUCCAGUGUUCCUCUCCCUAAGAAAAAUUAUUGCCAAGCCCAGGAAGAGGAUAAUACAUGUCGUUAUUCAGAAUUCUUGAACUCAUUUACUGAAAGGAGCAAACGAGAAGGUUUGAGACCAAGGAAAUAUGUCCCAAAAUAUGAAGAAGAGUUGCUGGCUCAUGGAAAUGAUCGUAGACAUGCCAAGCUAGUCAGGGAUAUGAGUAAACCUCCAAAAUCUAUUCUCAUGACUCCAGGAGGAAAAAACAACAAGUCUCAAGCUAAAGUCAGUUUCAUUUCACCUGAUCCAAGACUGCCUGCAGACUUUGAUGAAAGAAAUGCACAACCACUACUUGGUUAUGAUUGGAUAGCUGGUCUUCUUGAAAAUGAUGAAUCGAUUGCAGAAAAGUCGCAGACGUUUUUUGAUGAGAUUCGUGAGUUUCGACGAGUCAACAACAAUGAAUGUCAACAUAGAUCAUUCACUGAAGAGCCUGUAACUCCAAAAUCUACAAAAUCACCAAAGACAAGUAAACCUAAGAUGACAUCUUCUAGUGUUGAAGAAAAGGAUGAACACAAAUGUAUACAUAGCUAUGCACUGAAUAAUCGCCUGUAUGCUGUACCAAUUCAUAAAACCACUGACGGCGACAGUGAAUGCCCAAUCUGUAAAACAGGACGGCGGCAAGAUAAUAGAAGGGGUUCACCAUCAUAUAUCAGAGUCAGCAUUCCAAGAAGCACCCUUGUGUCGCCCUAUCGUCUCAGGCCGCACAGAAGAAAAAGUUUUGAUCCUUCUGAUUCUUAUGCUCUUUCACAGCAUUGCCUUGCAGGAUGGGAGUCGUCUAAACCAUCUAUGAUGCCUUCUGCACACAGUAUGGAUUUGAAGGACUCAUUGGAUGUUCCCAGUAAAGCAGCUGCUAUGUCGACCAUCGGCAAAUGGGCGAACAAAGUUCCAGUUUCAUUGUCUUCAUCGAAGAGGACAUCAAGUCUUUUGAAUACGUCACACUCACUACGGUACAGUAUGCAGCAGAUCGAGAAAGAAAGACCGUUUGAGAAGUUACCGCCCCCAAAAUCAACAAAUUACCCUUUACUGUGAUCUGACAUGUCCUAUAAGAAGUUGUGCAUCUGUGACUGUGAGGGCAGCAUAUAACAGCUAAAUUGUGUUGAAAAAACAAAAGAUAUUUUAAUGUUUCCAAUGUGGGAUACAAAUUUGAUUGAUGCAUGAUUAUUCAAUUAUUGCUUAUUACAUUGGUUUAUUACAUAUGCAUAUGACAGUAUUAAAACUAAAAUAAUCAAAACAGAAAUGUCAAAAUGAAUUUAAACACCUCCUUUCAAAAUCUGUGGAUUUUUUGGUUAAUGUCAAUGAGGGCGCUAUAACAAUUUCUUCUUGGUCUUCUGAUGGACCAAACCUGAAUAAAUCAUAGCAAUAUUCAGAAUGUAUAUGAUUUUUUUUGUGAGGUCAUUUCUUUUAAUUUUAAGUUUAUGUUUUAGAAAAUGUUUUUGAUGUAUGUUUGUCAUCUAGACAGAUGGUGUUUUCAAGAACCAAGUAUCUAUGCAGUCUAUUCCCUCCCCUUCUUCUGAUACUCUCCUCCAAUCUAUCCUCUCCCCCUCCUUCUGAUACUCUCCUACAAUCUAUCCCCUCUCUCCGACACUCUUCUACAAUCUAUCCCCUCCUUCUGAUACUCUGCUCCAAUCUAUCCCCUCCCCCUUCUUCUGAUACUCUCGUACAAUCUAUCCCCUCUCUCCAAAACUCUUCUACAAUCUAUCCCCUCCUGAUACUCUCCUCCAAUUGUAUUUUGCAUGGAACUAAACAAGAUUCUAUUUUACAAUAUGUGGCCAAUUAUUAAUAUUUAAUAAUAUAUUUAAAUUUCUAGGAAUAAUUCUUCCCUAGAUGUGAACUAAGUUUUCAGUGCAGUCAUGUAAAUCA